GUCUCGGUAUUGUAUAUAAACAUUUUUUGUUUAGAGUAAACCGGCAAAAAUAUACCGCCAAAUGGUGAAAUACUGAAAUUAUAAGCAGAUUUUUUAUUUUGAUAUCGAAAUGGAGAGUGAAGAAGAUAAUCAGCCAUCAACAUCGAAAGCAAGCUUACAGAAAAGAAAUGAGCAAUCGAACACCGAACAAUGUUCAGAAGAAGAAUCCACAGAGGAGCCUUUACCAGCAGAGGCUGAAACCUCCUCAAAUGUGGAGGAGUCUGGAUUUCAAGACGACGAUGAAACCUUAGCAAAUGUUAUGACCGCUGAGGAAUAUUUACAGCGUAAAGAUGUCAUUAUGCUGGAAUAUGAGAAACAGAUGUUUCUUGAUAUAGUUGGUUCGGAUGGGCUUACUGUAUGCGCCAAAGGUUUAAACUACACGCGCGUUGUCACAAACAUACUGAAGGUUUACAGUGAUCCAGGCAAUCUUGUGAUUGUAAUCAACUUUUCUGAUUGGGAGGAGAAAUAUUAUAAAGCCAAAUUGGAGCACAAAUAUGUACAUGAGGUAGCAACAACUGCAACUGAGCGAGAACGUGUUUAUUUGGAAGGUGGAAUACAAUUCAUAAGUACACGUAUUUUAGUUGUGGAUAUAUUAAAAAAUCGUAUACCCAUCGAAUUGAUAACCGGCAUAGUAGUGUUGCGCGCACAUACGAUUGUCGAAUCGUGUCAGGAAGCCUUUGCCUUGCGUCUCUUUCGCAUGCGUAACAAAACUGGAUUCAUUAAAGCAUUUUCUAGUAGCGCUGAGGCAUUCACCAUCGGUUACGGGCACAUAGAGCGCACUAUGCGCAAUCUCUUCGUAAAACAACUCUACAUUUGGCCACGUUUUCAUGCAGUCGUGCAGCAAUCGUUGAAACCAUACGAGGCGCAAACUAUUGAGCUGCACGUGCCAAUGACGCAGAAAAUGUCACAGAUACAAACGCAUUUGCUUGAUAUAAUGAAUUAUUUAGUGCGCGAAAUAAAGCGUAUUAAUCGUCUAGUCGAUUUAGAGGAAAUCACUGUGGAGAAUUGCGUUACAAAGAAGUUCCACAAAAUAUUGCAAGCGCAGCUGGACUGCAUUUGGCAUCAACUGAAUUCCCAGACGAAACUGAUAGUGGCAGAUUUGAAGAUUUUGCGUAAUCUAAUGAUUUCCACAAUCUACCAUGAUGCAGUUGCGGCUUAUGCGCUCACCAAACGCUAUCGCACCACAGAGUACGCGCUCAGCAACUCCGGUUGGACAUUGCUGGACUCGGCAGAGCAGAUAUUCAACUUGUCCAAAGAGCGUGUCUACAACGCGCAGGGCGAAUUCGAACCCGAACCUUGUCCGAAAUGGCAACAUUUAGCCGAAAUACUCAAAGUAGAAAUACCUGCAGAUAUGAAACGCUCGCAUCCGGACUGUUUGGAACCACCGAAAGUGCUAAUACUUUGCCAAGAUACACGCACUUGCUUCCAGUUGCGUCAAUUUCUCACACAAGGCGGUGAGCGUUUUUUAUUAUAUGCCGCCAUGCAGCACGAGAUACCAAUUGGCAAGUUGGCGGAGAGUUAUGACAAAGUUAAGAAUGUGAAGGAAAUUGAAAGAGCGCUAACACAACUGCAACAGUCUGCAGCGAAUGCACGAGUCACGCAAAAGCUCAGUGGCACGCAGAAGAAAUCGCAAGCUGGUACCAAUGAAAGUGAUGUUGUCGACGAGGACACAAGUGCACCCAUGGAUGAGCUAACACAAUUGCUAACUAGCUCGGAUGGGGAUGAUCCACUCUCAACCACGUUCUUUCAGGAGAGUUACCUAUUGACUAUGACACAAUUGAGCGAUAUCGAUGACACAUCAUCGACAUUCGCCGAAUUUGAGGAUGCCGCAAAUGCUAGUGGCGCUGCGGCGAUUAAUAUGAAUGCUUCCAUAUUUGAGCCCUUCCCAGAGUUAGCAGAUUUGGACAUUACUGCCGCUGUGGCGGCACGUAAUCAACCUUUCAUCUGCAUACAGACUUUUAAAACGGAGCAUGAAGGUCCGAUGGCGCUUGAUCGCAUUCUCGAGGAGAUACAGCCACAGUAUGUGAUCAUGUACCACUGCAAUGUGGCUGCUAUAAGACAAUUGGAGAUACAUGAGGCGCGUCAACGGCGCGCUAUCAACGAACGCAUGCGCGUAUUUUUCCUCAUACAUGCGCGUACCGUGGAAGAGCAAUCGUAUUUGACGAGCUUGCGUCGUGAGAAGCAGGCCUUCGAAUUGAUUAUAGAAACGAAGCGAGUUAUGGUCAUACCUGAGUAUCAGGAUGGCAAAACGGACGAAGCUUUCAUACUCUAUAAAACAUAUGCCGAAGACGAAGGCGGUGAGGCGGGAAAUGCUGUUACUCGCAAAGCUGGCGGUCAAGUGGGUCUUGUACCGUUUACUGCGGCGCAAAUUAUUGUGGAUAUGCGUGAGUUUCGCUCUGAUCUGCCAUGUCUAAUACACCGGCGUGGCAUGGAAGUGUUACCUGUCACUAUAACGAUUGGCGACUACAUACUGACACCCGAUAUCUGCGUCGAGCGCAAAUCGAUUUCCGAUCUUAUAGGCUCGUUAAAUUCUGGCCGCUUGUACAAUCAGUGCAUACAAAUGCAGCGUUACUACGCCAAACCGAUACUGCUUAUUGAAUUCGAUCAGAAUAAACCCUUCCACCUGCAGGGCAAAUAUAUGCUUUCACAGAAUACUACGUCCAAACAUUCGGAUAUUGUGCAGAAGCUGCAAUUGCUUACCAUACAUUUCCCCAAAUUGCGAUUGAUUUGGUCGCCCAGUCCUUAUGCGACGGCGCAACUCUUUGAGGAGCUGAAACUGGGCAAACCACAACCGGAUCCGAAGCAAGCCGCCGCUGUGGGCUGCGAUGAGUCUGGCACCAGCGGAGAGGAGCUGAAAUACAAUCCAAAUAUCUAUGAUUUUCUCCUACGUUUGCCAGGCGUCAACACGCGCAACGUGCACAAACUCAUGCGUCAAGGUGGCUCUCUGAAGGCGCUGCUGAAGCGCACGCAGGCGGAAAUCGGCGAAAUGCUCGACUCGCAGGAGAAUGGCCGCAUGCUGUGGGACGCAUUGCAUGUGGCUCAUUUGCCCGAGAAAGAUGAGGUGUCGGGCGCUGUUGCUCUGGUCGCAGGCAAGUCCGUUGGCACACACUCGCGUUUUCGGCGCGGCGCUGCAGCAGCAGUGGCCGCACGUGGUAUGCAACGGCGUUUCAAAAAUUAAGUACCCUAUGUAGUUUAAGGUAAAUUUCUUUUGUGUAAACUAUACUUAUAUUUUAAUGAAAAUAAAAGAAGGAGCUUCUGCUGUGUUGCGAGAGA